GCAGUCUUUGGUCAACAGAUGCUUUUCAUGGGAAUAUGUAAAGCUUGCUGGUAUUUUAAAGAUAUAUCUGAAGAAAUAACAUACUUGCAAGCUAUGGCACCGUUCUUCGUUUCAAGAUCAAAUGACAUUGCAACGCGCAGUUCAGUUUCAGAAACUUUUGCGUCCCCCGUCGUUCAUUAGUGCUGAAUACGGAGAUCAAUUCCUCAGAGUGUUGGACGUUACGAGAAGGUUUUGGUACAGAGGAUUAGUCAUGAGGCCAUUGCGCAUCUUGAAUGUUGCCGAGAAAAAUGAUGCGGCUAAAGAGCUGUCUAGGAUAAUGUCCCGAGGACACAGUUUGAGGAGAGAAGGUCUCUCAAAGUUCAACAAGAUUUAUGAAUUCGACUACCACAUUUUGGGAAGUAAUGCUAAAAUGGUGAUGACAUCACUGUCAGGACAUAUGAUGACUUUAGAUUUCACAGCUAGUCAUCAAAAAUGGUAUAGUUGUGCUCCUGUAGCCCUUUUUAGUGCUCCAGUUACAAAAUAUGUUGGAGAAAGUUAUCUGCCUAUUAAGAGGACUUUAGAAAGAGAGGUGAGAGGCUGUCAGGUGUUGAUCAUAUGGACUGAUUGUGAUAGAGAGGGCGAAAACAUUGGCUUUGAAGCUAUAACUGUUUGUCAAAAUGUCUGUCCUAAUAUCCAAAUUUAUCGUGCAAAGUUCUCAGAAAUUACUCCUGGCUCAGUUUCAAGAGCGGUCCAGAACCUUGUUGAACCUGAUUUAUUACAGUCUCAAGCAGUGGAUGUUAGGAUGGAACUUGACCUAAGGAUAGGAGCUGCCUUUACUCGGUUCCAGACAUUGAGACUGCAAAAGGUUUUUCCAGAUGUUUUGAAGGAUAACCUUAUCAGUUAUGGAAGUUGCCAGUUUCCAACAUUAGGAUUUGUUGUUGAAAGAUAUAAACAAGUCCAACAAUUUGUUCCUGAAGUAUUUUACAAAAUUAAAGUUUCUCAUGAGAUGGAAGAAACAAAAGUAGAUUUCAGCUGGAAGAGAGGCAGACUUUUUCACCGCUUGCCUUGUCUAGUCAUCUAUCAGAUGUGUUUGGAGAAUCCUACAGCAAAGGUUCUUACCACAUCAUCUCGUCCCAAGAGUAAGUGGAGACCUCUUCCGUUAGACACUGUGGAACUUGAGAAACUUGCUUCUCGAAAAUUGAAAAUAAAUUCCAAAGAGACGAUGAAAAUAGCUGAAAAACUCUACAAUCAGGGAUUCAUCAGCUAUCCUCGCACAGAAACCAACAUGUUUCCAAAGUCGUUAGACCUGCGGCCCCUUGUUCAAAAUCAGACUGUUGAUGGAAACUGGGGAGCUUUUGCAGCUCGCGUGUUGGAACGAGGCCCCAGCCCUCGACAGGGCAACAAAACAGACAAUGCUCACCCUCCUAUUCAUCCAACAAAGCAUACAAACAAUUUACAGGGAAAUGAAAAAAGAUUAUACGAGUUCAUAGUGAGGCACUUCUUAGCUUGCUGUUCUGAGGAUGCCAAGGGUCAGGAGACUAAUGUGGAAAUUGAAAUUGCUGGAGAGAAGUUUACAGCCACAGGACUUAUGAUCAUUGCAAGGAACUAUCUGGAAGUUUAUCCUUAUGAUAGAUGGAGUGAUAAGACAAUCCCAGUUUACAAUCAAGGUGAAGAGUUUCAGCCAAGUUCUAUUGAGAUGAUUGAUGGGGAAACCAAACCACCUCCUCUGUUAACAGAAGCUGAUUUGAUUGGUCUGAUGGAGAAACAUGGCAUAGGCACAGAUGCCACUCAUGCUGAGCAUAUAGAGACCAUCAAGAACAGGUGCUAUGUGGGAGUGCAGCAAGAUGGGACCUUCUUACCAGGACAGCUGGGAAUGGGACUUGUGGAAGGUUAUGAUUUAAUGGGAUUUGAGCUCUCUAAACCAAGACUGAGAUCUGAACUUGAAGCAGAUUUAAAGAGAAUUUGUGAAGGAACAAGAAAUAAAGAUGAUGUACUUGUGGAACAAAUAGCAAAGUACAAGGAACAAUUCGUCCAAGCUGUGCAAGAGGCAGUCAAACUGGAUCAAGCUUUACGACCGUACUUUGGAGAUCCUCAAGAAUUCAUUGAUGAAGUUCUUGGUAGUGGGGAUGAGAGGGGAACAGAACCCAUGCGGCUUUGUCCAAGAUGUAAAACAGAACAAAUGGUGCUUAAAAAGACCAAAGAUGGAAGCUACAUGGUCGGUUGUCAAGGAUAUCCAAGAUGUCGUGCCAGUAUAUUCUUCCCUAAAUUUGUUUUAGAGGCUUCAGUUGAUGAGUCUCUAUGUCAGCAGUGUCAACCUGGAGAUGUACAUCAAAUUAGGUUCAAAUUUAAGAGAGGCUCUGUUCCACCAAUGAUGCCUCUGGAUUACACAGGCUGUGUCGGUGGAUGCGAUGGAACUCUCACAGAGCUGCUGGAUUUAAAGGAUUUGACAAGGCUCCCUACUGAAUCAGGUGGUUCGCACACAAGAGGAAGCGGAAGACAAACCCCUCAGCCCAGUCACAGGGGUAAUAGGGGUAACAGACUUACAGGGCGUGGUCAAGUGGUGCCCAACAGGCCUGCUGCAACACCUCAAGUUGCAAGACCACCCGCUCAAAGAGGAAGAGGAUUUCAACCAGCUGGUCAAAGUUGGGGGCAAACUGGUGGAAACAACACAUCAUUUGCAGGAGGUUUUAAUCAAUUUCCUUCAGCUGGCUCAGGUGAUGGAGGUGAUGAGAACUGUGUUGUUUGUACCUGUGGACAGCCUGCAAUGCUGCUGACUGUUAAAAAAGAUGGACCUAAUCAAGGUCGGCCAUUCUACAAAUGUUCAAACAGAGACAAUGGCUGUGGUUUCUUUUUAUGGGCUGAUGAUGAUUCUAGUGGUUCGUCUUCAACCUUUGGACAAACCGCUCCUCUGAGAUCAGCCAGUAACUUAAACAGGAAUAGUACAGGAUUUAAUUCUGACAGAAACUCAACUUUUCCACGAACCAGUGGAUCACUGGAUGCACACGAAUCUGGACCAUCUUGUCACUGUGGUGAACCAGCAGUCAGUCGCACAGUAUCCAAAGAAGGAGCGAACAAGGGUCGACCGUUCUACUGUUGUGCUAAACCUAGAGGCCAGGGCUGUGAUUUCUUUGAAUGGGGUGACACUACAGGGCCAUCAUCGGCCAACAGCAAACCUGGAAGAUCUGCAUCGACAAACAAUGGAGGGACAAGGAAAAGAAAAUGUGGCCUUUGCCACCAAGAAGGUCAUACCAAGCGAACCUGCCCCAUGAACCGAUAAAGACACUGUGCGCAGAAUUUGACUUUUUUUUUAAUGUUGAUACCAAUAUGGAUGUAAAUAGGCUCCUACAGAAAUAUUUCUACCAAAUAAUGGUUCAAAUUCCUUGUCAUGAAACUGGAUUGUGAUUGAUUUUUAUACAUAAUAAUAUGACAAUAUUUAUAUGUACUUCUGGUUUCCUUUUGUUGUAGGAAAUUUAUACUCUAACGCCGUGCGUAACAAAAUUGUGUAAGACUUUUGCGUCUAUCCAAGUUAAAUUCUUCGGUACAAACAUCGCUAAAGAACAAAACUAAACCUAACGCCGUUGAAUAAACUUCGGUACAGGAUGAAAUUAUUGCAUUUCACGAAAGAGGUGUGGUUGGAAUGAACUCCUUUGAAUUAAAGUGUCUACUUCUGUCCAGGCGUUAAUUGUA